AUGCCUGUGCAAAUCGCAACGGCAGAUGACGAGUUUGGUCAAGCACUCGCGCUUGCGCGAGCCGCGUGUGGCCGGUUGGCACUGACCAUGCACCAGCCUGUGAUGGCUGUCGAACAGCUGUCGCGGGCGCUCGAACUGCUGCCCGACGACGCAGCGCUGCUGGUAGAGCUGGCGCGAGCGGUGGGCGCUGAGCGUGGAGGUGACGACCUCAGCUGCGGCGCGGCCGCGCAACUGGAUGUGCUGGUGCCCGCAGUUCGUGGCCGAGGAGUGGACCACCCGCGUGUGUGGGCCCAGCUGGCCGAUGCGUAUUACCAACUGCAACGGCCCGAAGAUGCGCUGCGUGCUGUGUCGCACGCGGCCACGCCGCACUCUGGUGCCGAGAGCCCCAACGUGUGGGCGUUGCAGGCGCGCAUCUUGCUGUUGGCGAUGGACUCGGAUCCCAAGAUGCGGCUUGACCAGCUUGUGCCCUACUUUGUGCAUGCAGUCGAGCUCGCGGUCGCAGCGGACGACCGCAGCUGCGAAAUAGAAACCCGGGUAUCGCUGGCACAGUUGUACCACCGGUUUGCGUGCUACCGUGAAUCCCACGCCGAGCUUGUUCUGGUGUUGCAGCUAGUAGAGACUGCAACGGGUUCUCCGUCAGCUACGCCCGGUGCGCAACCCAUCUCAGCCCCACCGGUAACAUCGGUCUCGCAGACGCAUCCUUUGAAGAGGGCCUUGCCCGAACAGCUCGCCAAACUCGCCUACGUUUACCAGUUUCUAUGCGUUGUGCAUUUCAAGAUGGGGCUCGGCGCCGCAGCCAAGAAACUCUGCCUCGACGCUCUCCAGGUGCUGCCGCCUUGCUCUCUUACGUUUCGUCUACUCGCCGUAUUGGCCAUAUUUUACAUCACCGACGAGGACAGCGUCCAAUUGCGCAACCUGGUACCUGCAUUGCUUGCCGAGCGCUCUGUGAUGUGCGAAUCUCAAAGUACGUCGCGCUAUGUCGUAAAUUGGCUGCUUGGCUGUAUAUUUGACCUUCUCAACGACAGUGCCCAAAGUUACCAAUGCUACCAACUGGCUAUGGAUGUCCGUCCUAUGUCACCACCACUCUGGAUCGCCAUCGGAUCGCUUUAUCUCCGUGUAGGACAGCCUGCAGACGCUCAAAUAGCCUUUUCACGCGCUGUGACCCACGCUUCCGAGGAGGACACGCGUAAGAGGCCCUUCUUAAUGCGCUUUAACCGUCUAUUCGCGGCUUUUGCGUAUGUGGGCCUUUCUCAAGCACAACUCGCUUUACACCAACGUCCCGCAGCGCUUGAACAUCUGCACCAUGCCAUCACACUAUUCACUGCCGAAAAAAAUAUGGUUCAUGCCCGGCAGGCAGAGCAAAUGUAUGCUCGUCUUGCGGAUCAACGCUCUAAUGUUCUCGACUAUAUCAUUCCGGAUAUCCCCACGGAUAUUUUCCUGGAGUUGUAUCUUUACUGGGACUCACCCGUGUUCACCUCCACCCCAAGCCCUUACGAUGUACAUGAACCAAGCACAGUGACCGACAACUCAAAACCAGAUAAAUUUGCUGCAAAAGUAGAGUCUUCACCUGUGUACUUGCCCCAGAGAUCGGCUUCGCAGAUCCCAAUUACACAAUUGCCAACAGCACAAGUUUCAACUGCUCCAUUGCCCACUGCACCUGCAUCUUUCUCCAAAUUUCCACCCGCUCCAUUAAUUAAGACUCCUGCUCCAAGUUACAUGGUUUCUCCAGGUCCAGCUGUUCCCGCUGCACUCAGUGCACCCUCCCGAUACUGCUACUCGCAACCCAGCAUACCGCCGCAACCCAUUACGCACCAAAUUCAAGCUUUUCAUUCCUCAAUAACCGCUUCACCACCCAUGGUCUCCACGGGUAUGCACACAUACGCUCCUAUGGCCCUUAGGAACUUUCCCGUGGCCAAUCCGUCUCUUCCUUUGAACUCCCGCAUCUCUCCGCAAGUGGCAAUCCAUACCGGUCCAGUCAUAAUGUCACAUGCCGCAGCAUAUCAUCCUGAAGACACUUCGAGAUGA